AUGCUACUGACCAUUAAUUUCGUAAAAACACAAACCAAAAAACUUGAGAAACUUUGCUUAAACACUGUACGCGACAACGAAACAACUUGUGUAAAAACCGUUAACGAUUUGGUUGACAAUCUGUCCGAUGAGCAAUUUUCCGAAGAAGAACUUGAGUUACUCAACAGAGGACUGAAUUUCUCAGUAGCGCCAGAUGAAAUUCAAAUCAAUGAUGCUAUCGUCGAUAUUGAGUCAGCCAUUCACUACAAACCGUUUGGCGUCAAAGCGCGAAUUAGGAAAAAAGCCGACGAGGUGUUAAAAUCCAUCAACACAACGAACAACAACAACAAAUGGAACAACGCUUUGAACAGUCUGCGGAAAAGAAAUGUGUUCUACACCAAAUCGGACAAAGGAAACAAAAUCGUAAUACUGAAGAAGGAAGAUUAUGAUCGACGGAUGAUUGAAUCGAUAGCUGAAGAGAAUUUCAUCAAAACCAGAUUUUCUCCACUAUCGCGAAUGUGCAAAGAUGCCAAAAAAACUCAGAGACUCAAUCAUGAAAGUAUUCCAAGUUCCUUACUACAUUUUGAAAGUACCGAACGAAGAAGUACCUAUGAUGUACGGACUCUGCAAACAACACAAACCAGGAGAAAAAAUGAGAAAAAUCGUAUCGAGCAUAAAAUCACCGUUUGUUAA